UUAGUACUUAGUUAUUUUUUAACAGUUCUUAAGUCCCCUAAAAUGACGAAGUUUGUCUCAAUAGCGUUGGGUCUAGUGGCGAUUCUGUUUAACGCUGUCUUUGGCUACCCAGUGAGCAUCAGCCGUGUAUUGCAGAACCUCCUUCACGACGGAAAUUCAUCGGGCGCUUUCCAUGAGUUACAAAUAUCGCAAGGGUACAAACGACAGGCGAGUCCAGAGUUUACUGACUGCAUCGAAUCAAAUGUUCAUCCGUUCAACAUACUUUGCUCGACCUAUGACGGACACAAUUAUGGGAUCAUUCAUGCGAGCAAAGAGGAACGUGACCUUCUGUCAGAAAGUGAACCGACAAUUACAGCAAGCAAAGCUCCUAGCGUACGCUUACGUCCAGGACCAGGGAAGGCGGUUAAUAAUAACAAGCAAGAUAACCUGAAAGGGUCAAAAAAUAAUGAAAAAUCUAAAAAUAAAGAAUCAUCCCCGAAAAACGAAAAACUAGUGGGACAGCCAAAGCUUGAUCUUGAUAAAUUGACCUCAAAUGACCUCAAAUCAAAAGGCGGAAAUAACAUGGACAGGAAACCGAUGCCUGAAAAUAAAAGCGGAAAAUCGUACAAAGACGGAGUAACAGGUAGAAAUGGGCACUGGGAUAACAAGGUGGACCUACUGCCGAAGCAAAUACCUGCGGAUACAACAGUGGAUCACCAGGAGCAACAGAAGAAUAAUGUGAAAAGUCAGGAAAAAAAUUCGUAUGUCCUUUCAAAUGAGCCGAACGAAAACCGAGAUAGGCAUCAAACGGAACCAAAACAAAAACCAAACAAAGAGUAUUACUCGGGUGGGUCCGAUACCAGCGAAAACCAGGACCUAGAGGACGAAAUACUCAUUCCACCAAAGGCACCUAGCUUACGAGAGAAGUCGUUCAAGACCCUUAACAAAAUAAACGCAUAUGAAUACCGGGAUGAAGACCAGAUGAGUCCCGACCAAAAAUACCCGGAUGAAGACGAGGACAAAGAGGAGCCCACUGGAGAAGAUUACUCAAAUGAGUACCAGGUAGAGCCGGAAGUAAAAGAGGAAAUGUCGGCGAUGCCGAAGGCACCGCAUACAUUCAAGCCUCCUGAGACUUUUCACCAUCAGCCAUGUGCGAAGCCCAUAAAAACGGUGAGCUCAAACAGGGAGCUGUACAUGACUCCACAAGAACCAAAUACAGACGAAAAUUUGGAAGAACACGAGGUAGGGCCUGACGUAGAUGAGAAUCAAGGCAAGCACCAAGAAGCUUCAGGCUUAACUAAAGAAAUUCAAAAAAUUAUUCAACGUCUAAGGAAGGGCAGUCGUGACUCUCCAAAAGGAACGUUGUAUUGCGUAGAUCCUUCUAAACCUCGAAUUUUUUACCUCGUCAAGGUCAAAACACAGAAGGAUAAAGCAAGCACGUAGAGGCGCAGGUCUCGCCGAGCCACUACCGAGUUGCUGAAUGCCCGAUUUCCUAUUUGCCCAUAAAGCGGAGUGUCCGGCGGAACCGGAAGAUUGAAAACAGAUGGUGAAGGAUCCAUAAUGUAUUACCGAUACCUGAGUUAAUCAUUUACUGAGGUUCCUUUUGCAUUGAUCGUACUAUGCGCCGCUGUGUAUCUCGCAGUUGCUGAAAUACAUUAUGAAGUUAACGGGUUUACUGCUGGCGUCAAAGGAAGCGCUUGCAGAAACACCGCUUCUUACAAAUCUACAAAAAUAUGGCUCGCAUAUAUCCACGCGGAUCGAAAGUUGAUCAAUAUUAAUAAACAAAAUACCACUAAAUCUUAA